AUGAUAAAUAUUCUUUACUCAUUCAAAGUUCCAGAUCCUGUCGCCUUCUUCCCCCUUAAUGCUGCGUACGGUACCAAGGAGAUUAACAACCGAGCGGUAAAAGGGAUUGCUAGUGGGGUUACUCUGGCUCCAGGGCCCGAUGGAAGACCUAACUACUCUUAUAAAUUUUCUGGAAGCUCCACCAGCUACAUCGAGUUUCCCAACAGGAUUGGAGGACCUUUGGACGUGCGUUAUUCGAUGACUAUGCUGUGCUGGGUGUACUUUGAUGGCCAAGAUGGACCUCUAUUCAACUACAAGACUAGUGGAAGCUGGGGUGUUCACCUGUGGGUUGUCAGUGGAAAACUCUUUGCCCGUUUCACAAAACGAGGUUAUUCGUUUACCACCAAUUUGGCACACACCAGUCUCGCGGGUGGAUGGAAGUUUGUUGGCGCAUCUUACGACCGUUGUUCUGGCGACGCCAAACUGUGGGUCAAUGGAGCUGUGGUUCAGACGUUAAACAUUGGAGCGGGCCUUGAACUAGCCACUCAAGAUAGUAUCAGAAUGGGAGUGAAGAGUGGUGAUAGGAGGUACUUCAAAGGUAGAAUUGCUCAGAUGCGGAUCUACAACCGAGCUUUGAGUCAGGAGCAAAUUCAAGCAAUACAGAAACUUGUCGCAGGUAUCGAAAAAAUAAAAAAAGUAAAUUUAAAUGUUCAUUGCAAUGUGAAAAAUAAAAGUGCACAAGUUACCGGACAUUCUCUCAUCAAUGGGUAUUGAAUAUUUUCACUAUAGAAUGAUCCUGCUCUGAGUUCCUAUGGCGCUUCGACUUAAAAAACUUUUUAAAAAUAGCCUGUAUUCAGAUGGUAUUGAAGAGUUCAGUUUUACACACAGAUAUUGCAAGCACUCGCCGGGCUGAAUCGUGAUAUUGUAGAUUCCUGACUGCAAUUUUUUGAGAGUCCGAAGUCCAUAGCUAACCUGGCUUGCUUUUACUAUUUUCCUUUUCAGCCUGAUCCUGGAGAGAAGCGUCAAGUCCAAGAAAAUUUAAGCCAAUAUUAUGAAUGGAGCAUUCUCUGCCAGUUGCUUUAAAAUUUCGUGGGUUUUAUUUUUGUAAAGGGAAAUAAAGAGUAAUUAACUGUACAUGUAAGUUUUGUGAAGUUGUUAUCCUCAUCGACGUCCAAAGUCUGGCAUUAUGCAAGAGCUGUUAAAAAGUAUUAAAAGGGCAGGGGCUUGGGGGCAGGAAUAGAUAAGUCGGCCUUGAGGGGAUCGAUAAUCAGUUCUAAUGAACUGCCGUUGUGCUCCGGUAAUGUUGAAGGAAAGCGACUUCAAAUUUGAAUCUCAGCAGCCAUGCUGAUUACUUUGCUGAAUAAUAACCUGCCUUUGAAAGGAAAAAAAAGCAGAAAUUUUUCCAUAAGUUUUAGCAAGUGUACUUCAUGCCGUGCUAAAGUUUAUAAAACUGCUUUAUCCUACGGUCUAAAUACGGUCAUAAGGCGGCUUGCACCUGUAACCCUAACCUAAUAUUCCUCAUUCAGAUGGGCCCCUUAUCCACUCCAAAUAAGGUCAUACCCACUAUGAAGCGAAUUAACCAGCCUUACUAUACAAACCAAGAGUGUCCUGGGUCUCCUUCCAUUCAACACAGUUCCGAAAUUUCGGUUGGUACAUCAAAUUGGAACAAGCCAUUUCGGUAAAAAUUGUUGUACCCAGUACCACUCUUUUGUAUUCUGCUUACAAGAACAAAAACCAAACGCGAGGUGGUUUGGUUCAGGGCUCUGCAACCGAAAUGCACCGUUCCAUUGUGCACGUGGAGUGUCCGAACUUUUAAACCGUUGAAUUGUAGCGCCCUGGUAAUUUGUCUUACAUGGCGCGACAGAGGGCUCGAACGCCUCCGCCUCAUAGCCUUUGUACAGACACCAAUUUUUUGCUCGAUGAGGAGGGAAGAGGGGCCGUCUGCACACAGGCUACCGCCUUAACGAUCGUCAAGAAAGGAAUUAAGGGGCUUUGAAAAAAGAGGUUUUACCAGAUAUCACAGAGGCUGUGUAUGCUGUGUCACCAACUCGGCAGACUUGUCAAAAUUGAGAGCAACACCCAUACUAAGCCUUUACUUAACGUUAGCGGGGAUCUUUUUCUCCUCAUCGAUGCCCAUUAAUCCGCCAACACUUUGAUUGACAAUAAAAUGCGAAAUAAGAGUGGUUCUAGGACUUAUCUUGCGUUGUGUAAGCGCCUUGGCUCAAGCACGCAAGGGAGUUUUUCGUCUUGUUUUCUGGCUACGGGAGAUUUUUUGUUCCGUUUUUUUUUUUCUUUUCACGUUAGGCUUAUUGCGAUAUGACUUGUGAUCACGGAUGGACUCUGGUCGCUCGGCCUCUAUUAGUGAUACCUUACGUUGGAUGAAAGACAGUGGACUAUAGUGGUAUGACAAGAAUGUUCCUUCUGGGGAAACGUCAUUACCAGAAAUUCGAGUCAUUUCGUUCAUGCGAUACUUUUAUUCCUGCGGUUUAUCGAAAAUCUACAAAGCAUACUCGGUGGGAUCAGAUUGCCAAAAUAUAAAAUGGCGCAUUUAUGAGGAAGAUGUGAGCGGGUAGACUAUGUUGCUCUUUAUAACCUUUCUUCCCUGAAUCUGGAACCUCCUUUAAAAAAAAGGAAAUAAUAAUUAAAAAACAAAAAAAUGAGGAAUUUCAAUUGACACGGCUAUUUUAGUUUCGUCCUUCCGGUUCUUGAAAUUUUUAUGAGGGCUGGUAAUUCGAAGAUAUACUGCUGGCUUUCAGUGUCACGCCUUUCAAAAUAGAUCAAAAAAAAAAUCAAAACCGGUCAAUAGAUAAAGUUCAGAAUCUGGGAAAUGAAAGGAGGUACAUAUACAACGACCCUUUCCAAGAUUCAGGUCAGAGGAAUAUUUCGUAUACGAGAUAUCCGAAGAAAUGUUUUACCCAAACUUACAGAGAUUUGUAUGGAGACGCCAUGUUAGUGCCCACCUGGAUAACCGGCUGGAUGAGCUCCAACAUGGCGGAUGGAAACCAACAGAAACAUCUGUUAGCGAGUUUUGCUACAAAAGCGAGUAAUAUUUACCAAAAUUUGAGAGCGCAAAAUUUGAGUGUUUUAGGAAACGCGAUUUGUCCAAGUUAUCUUCUGUAAACCACCUAAAAAUUCUUAUCAUGAGAACCGACACAGUGAUUGUUCGGUUAAGAUCAGGGAAGUAGGCUGCUUUUCCUGACACACAAGAUAUUUAAAAUUUUGUGGUUUAUCCCAUACAAUCCUUUGUAGCCUCAGGCCGCCAUUUUAAAGUUUAAUGUCGAGGAAAUUUGAUCGGUGACUCGAAUUUCUGGUAAUGCAAUUGAUCCAUCACACAAUACUGACAUGAUUUCUUCAGCAUUCUGGCUUGUCAGCGUAACUGAGUUUAAGAUCACGCACAGUAAUGACCCUCAGCACACUGCCCUUCUAAAAACCAAAAAUCUCUGUCUAGCUAA